CAGUGACGUUUUUUGGUUUGAAGUUUGAGUUUUGGUUGAAAUCUGAGUGAGUGACAACGGUCGUUUUGGAGGGAAAAAGUCGGAGAAACACAAUCUGGCGGUCCUUAAUUUAUAAAAUUGUAUGUAAGUAAAGCAAUCAUGUCACAAACAUCAAUUACAUCAUUCUUUAAUAGUAGAAAAAGACCUGCUACGGAGGAACUUUUUACUUCUAAAAAUAAAGUGCCCCACAUUGACCGGGCUAUAGAUACGAAAAAUGUAUCCACGGGGAAAAAAUCCAUGGUUAAGACUUGUGAAAUCAUCACAAGGGAGUUUAAACAUCCAACUAAAUCUAGUGACGUUGCUAAGAAAGAGUCAUCGCAAGUUGAGAUACGAGAAACACCACAAGACACAACGCAAGUGCCGCCAAAAGUCGCAUUUGCUAAAAAGGUGAAUGCAUCUAAUACAAUUAAAACUAUACAAAACACCAAAUCAGAAACUAUUACCACAUCGCGUAAAGAAUUAAGUCUUGGCGACAUCAGAAAGAAAUUAGCUGGAAGUUCGAGGUUAGCAGAAUUAAGAGCAACCGCUGAUCGACUGAGCAAAGGCAUACAAGAUCUCAAACAAGCUAGCGAGAAGAGGAAUCUACGAGAAUUCAAAUCUAUUGAUGUGGAAGUACCAGUAAGUCCAAGCAAGAAAACUCUUCUUCAAAAUGAACUUUUAUCACCAAAGAAAUGUACUUCAAUGCCAGCACCACAAAGACCACUUAUUUCUCCCAGAAAAGUGGUUGUCAGCCCUAUCAAGAGCCCAAGCAAGGUCCCUGCUUACAUUAGACAUGCAGCUCUUGCCACUUCCUCCAGCAGCCUGCCAUUGCCUCAUCACUACAGAUUCCUUGCAGAACUGUUCCGUGGCAUGGAAACAGUGGUUGCAUUACUCUAUAACAGAAAUGAAAAGAUAACCUUUGAUAAACUGAAACCCUCCAUACAAGAAAUGCUGAAAAGAUCAUUCACUCAGAAACAUUUGGCUCAAAUAAAACAUCUUGUGCCAGAUUUUUACAAUUUCGAAGUUCAGAAGGUAAAGAACUUCAGUGCCUCAUCUCACAAAGAAAAACAUGAAUUGAUAAUUUCACCUAAUUUCCCGAAUGAUUUCAAAGUGAUGAAUCCAAGUGUGUUACUGGAGAGGCGUCGAUACUUUUUUGAUACCUUGCUACAGUUAGUAAAGAAACAUCAUGCACAAUAUCUGCAGACACUUGAUCCUCCAAUGGUGAUCCCUGAUGAUAAGCUAACUCGUUGGCAUCCUGAAUUCGAAAUUGAAAAGAUACCAGAAGUUGACAGUGCCAAGUUACCUGAAAUGCCAAAUGUUGAGACAUUCUCUAGUGCGCAAGAUGUACUAGCCAAGGCUCGUGAAUUAUUCAAAUGUAAUACCAAAAUGGAAAGAGCUUUAGAGAAGUUGGCUCAAGCUAAAUCCCGUGGUCUCACUGAACAAGAAAAGGCAGUUACUGGUAUUACAGAUAGUAAGCCAAGUACAUCACUGAAUGGUAUGAAGACCAACAGUACACAGACAAGCCAGGCUUCAACAAGUUCGGUGACACUAAUGAAUCCAGCCCUCCGUAACCUGCCCACUGCACUUCUAGAAAAAGUUAAAGCAAAGCAGGCUGCUAAAGCCCUUGAAGCUAUGACAAGAUCGUCUGAAAAUGAUCAAAAGUACUUGAUAUACAGUCGCUUGCCAGAUCUUGCUCGCACCCCAAACAUCUUUGUCACUGAAAGAAAAAACGUUCUAGCACUAAACAUAAUUCUCUCCAAAUUGGACAGCAGCUUCAAAGCAAAUGUGUCAGCCAAUGACUUGCAAAGAGAUAUUAAAGUUCUCACUGAGGAACUGCCAGAUUGGGUUAAAUUACAUGAAAUAAGAAAUAAUACUUACCUUAAACUAGAUAAUGCUGAUUUGCAAAAGAAUUUGUCUAAGUUAGAGGCUUUAGCAGAUAAGUAUAAAAAUGAAUAGUAGCAUAAAAUUAAUUGACGUAACAAGAUCAAGACUGAGUAAGUAUAAAGUGAUGUUGUAACUCUUAAUCAGUUUUUUAGCAACUAGGUUGUUUUGUUUUAUGUAUUAAUUCAUGUGUGUAAUGUAAUGAUACAAAUCCGCGAGUUUGUACAUAGUGUUCAAUCAUCAUCAUAUACAGCCAAAUAGUAUGAAUUAUUACAGUUUACGUAAAUACUUAAAGAUAAAUGACAUGAUUUCAAGCCAACAUACCAAAAAUAUAUAUUGACAUGGUUGAAUCUGUUAGAUUUAAGCUGACAUUUUAUAUUUAAUUUUUAACUUUUUAAUUUUACUAGUUCAAUUUAAUAUAUUUCUCAGGACUUAUACUGGCUAACUAUGUAAAACUUGAGUUUGUAAUAAAUAAGUAUGUAUUAGUUUAAAUUAAUUUUCUUUUUUCUUUACUGUGUGGUAUUUCUUACUUUAAUAAAAAUACAUUUUAUUUUAAA